ACCCGCCCGCUUUUCGCUAGAACUUUCUGUCCUUCGGACGGAUUGCUGGGGUUUGGUGGUAUCUGCUCACUUUGGUUGUUGCCUGGAAUGGCUCGUGGAAACCAACGUGAACUUUCCCGCCAGAAAAACCUCAAGAAAAACCAAGAUUUAAAUAAAGGGAAGAGAAAAGAUGACAGCUUAACGCCUGCACAAAGAAAACAAAGAGACAUGGAGAUAAUGCAGAUGAAACAGAAAGCAGCUGACGAAAAGAAAUCCAUGCAGCAAAGGAGUAGUUGAGAUUGUUGCCAGUCUCAAAGUGUCUGAAUCUGCAUUAGUUCACAUCACUAUAAGGACUAUAGUGUAAUCUGUCAUUAUCUGCUUUUUCAUUUUGUGUAAUAUGUUGGUUGUAAGAUAGGCAAAGUGGACCAUUCUAGCCAAUUUUAUAAAAAUAUUUGUUUCUAGAGACUGGUGCUCAAACAUGCUGUAUAUAUUUACAUUUUCAAUAAAAAACAAAAAUGUGCA